UUCGUUUUUUUCAGAAUAAAAAUGUCGACAGUACAAGCUGCUUUAACUCUUCGAGGAGACAGGAAGACUGGUCAGGAUGUCAGAACCCAGAAUGUAAUGGCCGCCAGCAGUAUUGCCAACAUUGUUAAGUCUAGUCUUGGACCCGUCGGUCUCGACAAAAUGCUGGUCGACGAUGUCGGAGAUGUCACAAUCACCAACGACGGAGCGACUAUCCUCCAGUUGCUCGAGGUUGAACACCCCGCUGCUAAGGUUCUUGUAGAGCUUGCUGCUCUCCAGGAUGAAGAGGUUGGAGAUGGUACCACUAGUGUUGUUAUUAUUGCUGCUGAACUAUUGAAGAACGCAGAUGAACUUGUAAAACAGAAGAUCCAUCCCACAACCAUCAUUGCAGGAUACCGUCUAGCCUGUAAGGAAGCUGUAAAAUAUAUUCAGGAGCAUCUAACAUUCAAGGUUGAUGAGCUAGGAGAGGACUGUUUAAUGAACGCUGCCAGGACCUGUAUGUCAAGUAAACUGAUUGGAGCAGAUUCAGAAUUCUUCUCCAAGAUGGUCGUAGAAGCUGCCCAAGCUAUCAAGGUUACAGAUCACAAAGGAACAGUCACGUAUCCAAUCAAAGCUGUAAACGUACUCAAGGCUCAUGGUAAAUCUGCUCGUGAAUCCAUGUUAAUCCAUGGAUACGCUCUUAACUGUACAGUAGCUGCUCAGCAGAUGCCUAGGACGAUCAUGAACGCCAAGAUCGCCUGCCUGGAUUUCUCCCUGCAGAAGGUGAAGAUGAAGAUGGGGGUUCAGCUUCUAGUCUCAGAUGUUGAUCAGCUAGACAAAAUGAGGGAUCGUGAGCAGGACAUCACCAAGGAAAGGAUCGCUAAGAUCUUGGCAACCGGAGCUAACGUGAUCCUCACCACGGGAGGAAUUGACGAUCUUUGUCUUAAGUACUUCACAGAAGCCGGAGCUAUGGCUGUCAGGAGAUGCAAGAAGGCUGAUCUCAAGAGAAUUGCCAAGGCGACCGGAGCCCAGUUCAUCACCUCCCUCGCAAACGUGGAGGGCGAGGAGAGCUUUGAGGCCAGCUUCCUCGGGGAGGCCGCUGAGGUUUGCCAGGAGAGGAUCUCCGACGACGAGUUGAUCCUCGUGAAGGGAACCAAGGCUAGGUCUGCUAGUUCUAUUAUACUCCGUGGUCCUAAUGAUUUCUACUGUGACGAAAUGGAAAGAUCUGUUCAUGACGCACUUUGCGUCGUUAAGCGAGUGCUGGAGAGCAAGAGCGUAGUAGUUGGUGGAGGAUGUGUUGAGGCUGCGCUAUCUAUCUAUCUUGAGAACUUUGCGACCUCAUUGUCCAGCAGGGAACAGCUCGCCAUAGCAGACUUUGCCAAGUCUCUCCUCGUCAUUCCAAAGACCCUGGCUGUGAACGCUGCCAAGGAUGCCUCUGAUUUGGUUGCAAAGCUCAGGGCUUACCAUAACUCCAGCCAGACAAAGAAGGAGCAUGCUGCCAUGAAGAACUAUGGCUUGGAUCUGUAUGAAGGUGUGGUCAGGGAUAAUAAGAAGGCCGGGGUUUUUGAGCCAGCUAUCUCGAAGGUGAAAUCUCUGAAGUUUGCAACUGAAGCUGCGAUCACUAUUCUCCGUAUUGAUGAUAUGAUUAAACUAGCUCCGGAGAGGGGAGAGGAGAGAUCUUAUCAACAAGCCCUAGCCUCCGGUCAGAUGGGCUAAACCUAUCAAUACUCGCCACCAGUAUCCGUACAUGCAGUACAUGCCUGUGCACUCACCCUCUGCUGUACAUUGUACACAUUAUUAAUGCUUUUGUAACAGUGAGAGAAAUUUUUUAUCCACUCCUGUGAUUCGUGGAGCACUGUCGAUCUAUUCUCUUGUAACUAAUAAAACACAGAAGAAGUCCAAA